GCAGUUGGGCUUUUGCCUUUUAGAGUCAAAAAUGGGCUGCCACUGAAGGUACAGUCCCGAUGUCCAAAGAAACAAACAGAGGAGUUGUGUUUUGUGUAUCUAUAUUCCAGUAUCGUUUAUAAAGGGAGGGAGACAUACAUCAAGUGGUUCAACGAUUCGUAGAUUGUCGUCAACUUCGGCCAGCUCUUCCUAUUUUGCCGCUGAUCGGAAAGUUGUGAGUAGGAAAGAAGAUGUGGGGGCUUAUAAGGCAAGAAGUUGGUGCCAGGGGCUUAUCUGCUUUGGUCUCUGGGAGUUAUGUGCAGAGUUUAAGGCCUGUAGCAGCAACUAGAAGACAUUAUUCAUCUGCAACAAAGGAGAUGACAGUAAGAGAUGCUCUCAACUCUGCUCUUGAUGAGGAAAUGGCUGCUGACCCUAAUGUGUUUAUUAUGGGUGAAGAGGUUGGAGAAUACCAAGGUGCAUACAAGAUAUCCAAGGGAUUAUUGGACAAAUAUGGUCCUGAGAGGGUUGUUGACACGCCUAUCACAGAGGCUGGGUUUGCAGGGAUUGGUGUUGGUUCGGCAUAUCAUGGUCUGAGGCCUGUUAUAGAGUUUAUGACUUUCAACUUCUCCAUGCAGGCAAUUGAUCAUAUCAUCAAUUCUGCAGCAAAGUCCAACUACAUGUCUGCCGGCCAGAUCAAUGUGCCCAUUGUAUUCAGAGGACCAAAUGGUCCUGCUGCUGGUGUUGGUGCCCAACAUUCACAGUGUUAUGGUGCAUGGUACGGUUCAGUCCCUGGCUUGAAGGUGCUUGUACCUUACUCCUCUGAAGAUGCUCGUGGACUUCUAAAAGCUGCAAUCAGAGACCCUGACCCUGUUGUUUUCCUUGAGAACGAGCUCUUAUAUGGUGAGUCGUUCCCAAUUUCUGCUGAAGCCCUAGAUUCAAGUUUCUGCCUCCCCAUAGGAAAAGCCAAGAUUGAAAGAGAAGGAACAGAUAUCACAAUCACAGCUUUCUCCAAGAUGGUGGGAUAUGCUCUUAAGGCUGCAGAAAUACUUGAAAAGGAAGGGAUAAGUGCGGAGAUAAUAAACCUGCGGUCGAUCAGGCCACUAGAUAGAGCCACAAUAAACGCCUCUGUCAGGAAAACAAACCGACUGGUGACUGUGGAGGAAGGCUUUCCUCAGCAUGGUGUUGGGGCUGAAAUCUGUGCAUCGGUGGUUGAGGAUAGCUUUGCUUAUCUUGAUGCACCUGUGGAGAGGAUCGCCGGGGCUGAUGUUCCCACGCCUUAUGCUGCUAAUCUUGAGAGAUCUGCUUUUCCUCAGAUUGAGGACAUUGUUCGUGCAGCUAAAAGAGUAUGCUACAGAUCUGUACCCAUGGCUGCAACCGCUUAACUUUAAUUAAUUAUGCCAUUUUUCUUUCCCAUCCAUCCAAGUUUUGGGUUUUCUACCUUACCUGUACUUGUACAUGUCUUCCAAAAGAGUUAAAAGACAUGAUGUUUUUAAUAAGCUUGAAAGUUUAACUUUCCUUUUUUCUUCA